CAUAUUUCCUCCUCCUCGUCUCUGGUCAGCAGCGGCGGCGGCUCGCCUAGCGCGGGCGUGCGGCCUAGCGACCAGCAGGUGAAGACGGCGCCGGAUCUCCCAUUCCACUCCACUCCUCCCCCAUCGUCUCCCCUUUCAUUCCUCUCCUCCCCUACAGGCAUAUCCCAAAUCCCCAAUCCUCCAUUGCUGCUGUAGUUCUUCAUUCAGUGGUGUCAUUGAAACCAAAUCACUGAGCUCUGGUGGUGCUCAUGGAGAGUAGCCUUCUACGGCGCGGGGUGGGUAGCAAUAGCAGCAGCAUCACCCAGAUGAGGGCCUGUGCAAGCGUUGGCCUUGGUGGUGCUACAGAUGGCCAUCCAAGGGCUGCAGCACCGCUGCCGCCGCCACCUGCAGGACCAGCAGUAGCAGCAGCUUCUCAAGACCAUAAUGAUGGAGACAUUAACAAGGUGUGGAUGCAUGGCUCAAAGCUUGCUGGUCAGGGUUUCAAAUGUGGGUACUGUGGGACUACAAACAAAGGUGGAGGCGCAACAAGGUUUAGGGACCAUCUUGGUUGUAUAGUUGGUGAAGUGAAGUCAUGCCCCAGUGUGCCUAGAGUUGUGCGGGACGCGAUGAGGGAGUUACGGAAGACAUCAAUGGGCAAUAAAAGAGAGAAAAGGGAACGUAUGCUCAGGUUGGAGAGAGAUCUCAUGCAAGGGCUGCAAGGACAGGAAGUGGUUAACCUUGCAAGUGAUUGAGAAGACCAAGUCCGUUUGAAUAUUAGGCAGCAGUUGGGACAUAAGAACCUUUCUUGUGCAAUAGAGAGGAGGUGUGGGAGUGGCAAAGGUGUUCGUGUUUCUGUUGGUAAAAGUAGUGUGACUGCCUACUUUGACAAGGAUUUGGCGCGCAACAAAGCACCUGUGCAGCCUAGAAUUGACACUGCACUUCAAGUGGGAUCUAGAGAGAAUCUUGGACAAGCAUGGGCAAAGUUUUUCCAUGCGAAUGAUAUUCCUGGACUGAAAGCUGAUUGCCCAUACUUUCGCAGUGCAAUUAGGCUUACUCAGCAGAUAGGGGUUACAGCACAGAUUCCUACAUCACAUGGAAUCACUGCCACAUGUUCGGGCAUUAGCAC